AUGGUGGGCCCAAAGGUACGGCGACCAUACCCGCAGCUCAUUUCACACUUACACGCGCAGGAACCGCCCAAACCGAGGCCUCGAGCUGCCCCGCGCGGGGCAAAGAAAGCUGCGCCGGGUGCAGCUGGCACUGGCGCAACCCAAGAUGCAGGUGGUGAUACUCAGGAAGGAAAGCGCGCGCUCGCAGAAGAUGGCAUGGACGUGGAUCGUCCGACCGACGCCGCCGACAAGACGCGCCGCCAGAAAGCGCCGCUCAACAGCAGCGCGAAAGACGAAUUCGCCGCCAUGCUCGAGCCCUUCUACUAUGGCAAAUCCCUCACCGACCCGAUUGAUACCGCGCGCGAUAAGUGGAAUCUGCUACCGGCGUUUCUGAAGGUGAAGGGUCUGGUGAAACAGCACGUUGACUCGUACAAUCACUUUGUGGACGUGGAUCUUAAGAAGAUUCUCCAGGCCAAUCGAUAUGUGCGCAGCGAUCUUGAUCCGAAGUUCUUGCUCGAGUACAAGGACAUUCGCGUACUGUCACCGAAUCGCGCAGAGGAAGACAAUCUCAAUGGACACUACAAGAGCACGAUCACGCCGAACGAGUGUCGACUACGAGACAUGACAUACGCCGCCCCUAUAGUUGUCGAUAUCGUGUACACGCGCGGCUCCAGCCGAGUCAGGAGGAACAAUGUUCAGAUCGGUAGAAUGCCAAUCAUGCUCAAGAGUAACAAGUGUGUGCUAGCGGCGAAGAACGACAGAGAGAUGGCUCUUCUAGAGGAAUGUCCGCUGGAUCCCGGAGGCUACUUCAUUACCAGGGGCCAGGAGAAGGUUAUUCUCGUUCAGGAACAGUUAAACAAGAAUCGUGUCAUUGUGGAGAGCGCAAAAGGCAUCAUGCAGGCUAGCGUAACAAGUUCGACGAACGAGCGCAAAACGAAAACAUACGUUAUCCAGAAGAAAGGUCUCAUGUACCUGCGACACAAUACGCUCUCGGAGGAGAUACCGAUUGUCAUCGUCAUGAAGGCUCUGGGAGUGCUCUCGGAUGAGGAGAUCUUUGUCUUGAUUUGUGGUGAUGACGCGGAGUACCAGGACAAGUUCACAGUGAACUUCGAGGCCUGCAUGCAAGCUAAGAUCUUCACGCAGCAAGCAGCACUGGAACAUGUUGGCCACCGCGUUCGCCUGACAAAGAAGUUUGGACGAGCUAGAAACUACCACCUUGAAGCUAUUGAAUGUUUAGCGAACGUCGUCUUACCUCAUGUGGCCGUCGAAGGCACAAAUUUCCGAACAAAAGCACUGUAUAUCGCUUUGAUGGCACGUCGGGUCAUCAUGGCUGAAGUCAACCCCAACCUGGUGGACGACCGAGAUUAUGUCGGCAACAAGCGUCUUGAAUUGUCCGGUCAAAUGUUGUCCCUCUUGUUUGAAGAUCACUUCAAACGCUUCAACCACGACUUUAAGCUAGGCAUAGACAAGGUUCUUAAAAAGCAAAAUCGCGCCCAGGAGUUCGACGCGUUCUCGCACAUUGGCGCCCUCAAGAACCACAUCACGCUCGGAAUCGAACGUGCUAUUGCUACCGGCAACUGGAGUCUCAAACGGUUCAAGAUGGACCGAGCAGGUGUCACGCACGUGCUCAGCCGGCUCAGUUACAUUGCAGCUCUCGGUAUGAUGACGCGCAUAUCCAGCCAGUUCGAGAAGACGAGAAAGGUUUCGGGUCCUCGUGCAUUACAGCCCUCUCAAUUCGGCAUGCUCUGCACAUCGGAUACACCUGAAGGAGAAGCUUGCGGUCUAGUCAAGAAUCUAGCUCUGAUGACCCACAUCACCACUGAGGACGAUGAGGACCCAGUCCGGAAGAUGGUAUUUCUGUUGGGUGCGGAAGACAUCUGUAUGCAGACGGGCGACGAGAUACAUAGGGAAGGUCUUUACUCCGUAUGCCUCAACGGUACUCCCAUCGCCCUUACCAGCACACCUAAAAGCUUCCUCGUCAACUUCCGAAAGCUUAGACGGAUGGGUCGGAUAUCGGAAUUCACGAGCAUCUACAUCAAUCACGAUUUCUGCGAAGUCCACAUAGCCACUGACGAAGGUCGGAUCUGUCGACCACUAAUCAUCGUGGAGAACGGACGCUCGAAAGUGACGGCGCGUUACCUGAAAGCAUUGAGGAAGGGCACGAUGGAGUUUGAGGACUUCUUAACCCGUGGCUUGGUCGAGUAUCUGGAUUGCAAUGAAGAGAACGAUACGAACAUCGCCAUUAGGGAGAAAGACAUCGGCCAAUACACAACCCAUCUGGAAAUCGAGCCUUUCACAAUUCUCGGCGCCGUUGCCGGCUUGAUCCCAUACCCCCAUCACAAUCAGUCGCCGCGUAACACAUACCAAUGUGCUAUGGGUAAACAAGCUAUAGGAGCUAUUGCAUACAACCAGUUCACCAGGAUAGAUACCCUCUUGUAUCUCAUGGUGUACCCUCAACAACCUAUGGUUAAAACCAGGACAAUCGAGUUGACCAAGUACGAUAAGCUUCCUGCUGGACAGAACGCUACCGUCGCAGUCAUGUCCUACUCCGGCUACGAUAUCGAGGAUGCUCUCGUGCUUAACAAAGCGUCAUGCGACCGCGGUUUUGGGCGUUGUCAAGUACUCAAGAAGACCGUUGUGCCGCUCAAGACCUACGCGAAUGGUACCUCUGACGGCAUCGACGAUAAGACGGCGAUGCAGCCAAAGAACCUCGCAGACCCAAAGUACGGCGCCAUCGGAAAAGAUGGUAUCGCGCAGGUAGGCGCCCGCGUGAACCAAGGUGAAACCUACCUCAUGAAAGCCGUACCAUCGGACACUACGACCGGCGCCCGCGGAAACAUACCGAUGAAAACCCAAGAAAUGCGUUACAAGCUCCCCGACCCCUCCUACAUCGACAAAGUCUGCAUCACCGAAAACGAAGCCGGAACCUCCCUCAUCAAGCUCCUCCUCCGGCAAACGCGCCGCCCCGAACUCGGCGACAAGUUUUCGUCUCGCCACGGACAGAAAGGUGUGUGCGGUUUGAUCGUCGCGCAGGAAGACAUGCCCUUCAACGAUCAAGGCAUCUGCCCCGACAUCAUUAUGAACCCCCACGGUUUCCCCUCCCGCAUGACAGUCGGCAAAAUGAAGGAAUUGCACUCCGGCAAGGCAGGCGUGCUCCGCGGCACCCUCGAAUACGGCACUUGUUUCGGCGGCUCAGAAGUCCUCGACAUGGCAGACGUCCUUGUGAAACACGGGUUCUCGUACACAGGCAAGGACUACCUUACGAGCGGCAUCACGGGCGAGGCUCUCCAAUUCUACGUCUUCUUCGGCCCGAUCUACUAUCAGAAACUCAAGCACAUGGUCCAGGACAAAAUGCACUCUCGGUCUCGCGGCCCGCGCGCAAUUCUUACGCGUCAGCCUACGGAAGGUCGUGCGCGCGAUGGCGGAUUACGUCUGGGUGAGAUGGAGCGCGAUUGCCUCAUUGCGUAUGGGGCUAGUCAACUGCUGCUCGAGCGUCUUAUGAUCAGCAGCGACGCGCACAAUGUGGAUGUGUGCGAGAGGUGCGGGCAGAUGGGUGCGAGUGGGUAUUGCAGGAUUUGCGAGAGCGAGAAGGGGGUGAGGAGGAUUACGAUGCCUUAUGCGGCGAAGUUGCUGAUUCAGGAGCUGGGGGCGAUGAAUAUUAAGGUUACGAUUGGGUUGGAGGAUGAGUUUGGGAAGGGGGGGUAUGAUUAUGAGGCGUGA